AUGAAUGAUGAAAAUGAUGACAAAACCGGUGACCAGACCUACGAUACGGCCGACACUAUUAGUUCAAUCUAUUUGUACGACUGUCCAAAAGUGCCGGCAAUUCCUAUAUUAAUGAUAGUGAACGGCAAAAGUAAAAUCACCGGUGAUAUUAAGUCCAAGAUAAUCAGCGCAUGUACUGGAAUCGGAUGUACGUCCAGAUCAUAUUAA